AUGUCCCUCACGCGUAUAUCAUCGCAGUUUGCUUUGGAUUCAACCGAGAGGACGCCAGCGUAUCUACCACAGGAGAAUCCUUUGAUCAACCGGAGUGGAAAGGGACGAAAGACACUACAUGGCAUAUACGACAACAAUUCCUUUUACAGUACAGAGUACACGGGCCCAGAACGCGCUCAACUCUUCAACGACUGUACACUCGAGCUACCUGGCAGGAGAGAUGGAUACGGUAUAGAGCAUCCAGUGUACAUUGAGCCACAUGCGCUCAAGGUGGUGGAGGGAUUGUGGAUGUCCGACCAGUACACCGCGACGGACGAAAGGGCAUUACGAGCACUGGGAGUAACGCACAUUGUCUCCGUCCACGACUCGUACACUCUUCCGCGAUUUCCUGAACGGCUGGUUCACGGUGAGGAGAGCAGCAGGAUCCAGGUUCGUUCGGUGUACUGGCCCGCGACGACUCAAAGGGCACCGAGUGUUCAACGACUCGAGGAACAGAAACGACAAGUCAUAUCUGCAAAGUCGUGGAUUCAAGAGUUGUUGAUGGAGAACCGGAAUCGAGAAACGAAGAGGAAUGUCGUGCUCGUGCAUUCGAAGAAGGGACAACGCCGCGCGGCACUCGUCGUACUUGCAGCACUCGUCCCGCUCAUGGGAUCAAACACACUCGAACCAUGUCUCAUGCGACUCGGCACUCUUUGGUCGCCAAUCGUACUCGAUGAAAGCACACGGCGCAUACUUGAGGAGUUUACGGCUGGGGUCCCCAGCAAGAGUGUCGAUGCGAGUGAUGCCGUCCGUUCCAUGUUCUGUAUGGCCUAUGAUACGAGGACGGGCCAGGAAACAUCGACGACUGGACCCUACAUCCGACCCUCGCCCAAGGUCGUUAGAGAGGUGCAUUUCGAGCUGCCACCGCCGCCGAUGGCUCCACGACCGAUAAGGAGAGAUAACUCUGCUAAUUAUUCGGCGGUGGUCUACCCUGAGCUCCAGACCUCGGCGUCCGAGAUAUCAGAGGGUUCUGGACUGGGGAGAUCGAGGAACGCGCAGGCACAGGACGACCUAGGCGGUAUAGUGGAAGAGGAAGAAGACGAUACGGAAACUGAAGUGGGUGAUCCAUACGACGUCGGGCUAACGCUUGAGCCGACGUUGGUGUUGGAUGAUACCAUCGGGCCGGAUCCUGAACAGCCGCAGGCGACGCUUUCGGUGCAGCAUACAGAAACCAUUUUUGUCGGCAAAACCCCAUUUACGACACCAGCUGGAUCGUUUGCGUUUGCACCUGUAAAUGCUACGCGGAUGAAUAUGGAGGAUGCCGUAUGGCGCUUGAGCCAAUUGCCUGAACAGUACAAGGAGUAG